AUGCAGACAUAUCCACUUCACAAGCUUGAAGCACCAGAUCGUGUCGAGACUAGAAGAAUAAGUGAGCUGUUCGGUAUUAAGAUGAACAUCUCUGUGGAUCCAGAAGUCCUGGAAGGGGCUCGUGCUUUGUGCAUGCUUCGUGUAGACACUCGCCAGCAAGAUGUGGACUUGGGCGACGACACUGAGGAUGACUGCGUGAUCACCGAGGUUCGUCCCGUUGUACCACCCCAGGAAGCCGAGCAAAGUCGACCCAUUUGGACGGACGCACCCGUGCUCGAGACUCGGCCCCCCUACAGCUUCAAGUCACUUGUCAUCCAAGCCUUCCUUGAUGCCCCGGAAGAGCAGACGGGUAUGCAUACAUUCCAACUGGCUGAUAAAAUCAUCGCGGCCAAUGCUCGCGAGAAGGCAAUUCGACAAGCGUGGAAGAUUAACAAGCGGACUUCUAAACGCUUUCCGUAG